GGCGCCGGCGCCGCCAUUUUCUGGUGCCCAUAGAAGGGCAAAGCGGCACCAGAAAAAUGGCCGCCAGGAAGAAUCGAAUUUAAGGGACAAUGCCGGGAUUCUCUGCCAAACGGGAGACCGCCGGGAAACGGUGAGAAAAAAGGGGUUUUCCCGGCGGAUACGGGAUACUUGGCAGCUAUGUGUUCUUCUUGUUCUCUUAUUCUAUAUGUUAAAUCUGCAAGCUGUGCAUAUUCCAUCAGUUUAAGUUGCCAUUCUUCUUUAGUUGGGACCUCACUUGUUUUUCCAGUGUAUGUGUGUGUGUGUGUGUGUUUUGGCCAGACCUCAACAAGAAGUGAACACUGGCCACAACAACCUCUUCCCACCAUACAGAUUCUAUUAUUCUGGCACCUGGGCUGAGUCAGGAAGCCUCUUAGCAAGUCAGGAUGAAGGAACUCCACAGGGAAAGCCGCCUUUGUAGGUGCCCUGCCUCACCUCUGCCUCUUGGGCUAUGAAACCAAAUUAAAAAAAUUCCUUCCAGUAGCACCUUAGAGACCAACUAAGUUUGUUUUUGGUAUGAGCUUUCGUGUGCAUGCACACUUCUUCAGAUACACACUUCUUGGGUUUUCGUGGUUCUGCUUCCCUCACCUUAGUAGCUUCUGAGGGAUGGAGGGGACUCACACAAACACACACACAUGUGUAUAUCGUCUUGCAUGUGAAAUGGCUUGUGGGCAGGAGCUCAUCACCCUACUACGGGAUUUACAAGCCAGUCCUGUUCACUUCUCCUUGGAAGAAGCUACCACUGUGUUGACUGGAUGUUCACUAAGUUUGUGCAGUAUUGCAUGCAAAGGGAGCAGCCCCCAUCCCUUCUUACAAAUGGUUUCAGCCCCAAUGAAUUCAGUGGGCCUUGCUUUUUGCUUUCUUUCUUUCUUUUGAAUACUAGGAAUGGGGGAGGAAUUCAGUUCGCAUAUAAAGAAAGGCAAACCAGCCUCAAUUGCACUUUCCAAAAAAACAAUACAAGAACUAAAACUCCGUUAUCCAUCAAAAUGUGAAAGGGGGGGAUUUAAAAUGUAAAACAGAAUUUGCAAUGUCGACUGCAUUAGAUAUCAUUGUAAAUAAAUUAACUAACCUGGUUACACAAAAUAAUCUAUCUGUGAUAAUGCAGGUAUCCAUUGAACUAAAGAGUGAUGCUUUAGACAGAGCGAUAAGCAGCCAGGCUGCUUUGUCAAGAGACUCUUGCCAAAUAAUCAGCUUAUCUUCUACUUGCUUAAAUUAACCAACCUGCUGACACAGAUUGAAAACAUUUUCUCUUGGGAGUUUGUAUGUACAUAUGUUUUAAGCAUCCGAAGAUUUUUGCCUUCAUGUCCAUCUACAAUAAUUUCAACUGUUUUAAGUAGACAUAUUAUUUGCAAACACAGGUGUUGAGUGUGCCAUUAUAUCAAAAUUAUGGGAUUAUUUGACAAGCUAGCAGGCUGGCUUGGUCUGAAGAAGAAAGAAGUUCAUGUUCUGUGCCUUGGGUUGGACAAUAGUGGCAAGACAACAAUUAUUAACAAGCUAAAACCAUCUAAUGCUCAAACUCAAGAUAUUGUUCCCACGAUAGGAUUCAGUGUAGAAAAAUUUAAGACAUCUAGUUUGUCAUUCACUGUGUUUGAUAUGUCGGGUCAAGGUAGAUACAGAAAUCUUUGGGAACACUACUACAAAGAUUGCCAGGCCAUUAUUUUUGUCAUUGAUAGCAAUGACACACUAAGAAUGGUUGUGGCCAAAGAAGAACUUGACACUCUCAUGAAUCAUCCAGAUCUUAAACACCGACGAAUACCAAUUUUGUUCUUUGCAAACAAGAUGGACCUCAGGUUUGCUGUGUCUUCAGUAAAAGUAUCUCAGUUAUUGGCUUUGGAGAACAUUAAAGACAAGCCAUGGCAUAUCUGUGCUAGUGAUGCUCUUAAAGGAGAAGGUUUGCAAGAAGGUGUAGACUGGCUUCAAGAUCAGAUCCAGGCAAUGAAGACAUGAAAAACCAGCUAGACCAAAACCAUCUAUUUAGCACUGUACAAUUGGUUCUGGAUGAGCUUCCUACUAUGAAAGGAGAAGGUUCUAGUUCCAGUCCUCUCUUCAAAACAGUCUAAUGUACACAUGAUUUUGUGAACUUAUUGAACUUCGCACAUUUUAAAGGUACGUCAAACCUGUGGUUACUUUUGAUUAUGUCUGAUCUCUUCAAGUGAGAUAGUUUUGCCUGGAUUUCCUCACCCUCGCCCCAGAUCCAGCCAGUGGGGAAUCUGGUUUCUGAAUCCACAUCCAAAAUAGUAAUGCAGGUAACCAAAUAUAUGUUGAUAUAUAAAUUGUGCUCCCUUCCUGUAGCUUAUAUAUACUGGUAUGAUGCUUGAUUAGCUACUGGACAGUUAUGCCCUUCAUUUUACCUGGUCACUGAACUACCGGUAUGUAUAUCAUUUAGUAUUGUGUUUUCUAUUUUGGGGUAAACAGAAGAUGCAGUAGAUGGAGGUAUAAUGGUAGAUGGGGAUCUAAUGGUAGAUCUUUAUGCAAUAUUUUUAGUAGAUUAACAAGGGUUUCUGGCCCCUUUACAAUGAAAAGAACUAUAAAUUUCCUUUCUCUCCUUAAAUUACACUGCUGAAAUGAAAUUAGGCUGCUGAAAUGAAGAAAAUUUGAGGUAAGCAGGAGUGAAAUUUGUGUGAAUGUAUUAUUGAACUCGGUUCAGUUCUGAUAAUGAAAACAUAUCCCUACGCUCAGAGGUCCUGGUUUUUAAUUCUAAUAGUAUGUCUUCUGCACCUGGGUCUUGUUACAGAUCUUGAUGUUCUUCUAAAACACCAAAUUAGAUCUGACAAGCUUGACGUCUGGCCUAUGAUAACUUUUCACCAGUGCUUAAUGCAUAGUAUGUUGAUUAAACUAACCAUAUCACUCUCAUUGCUGUGGUCUUCGUUGCCCACCUUUAGCUUUGUAACUGCAUUGGCACAACUGCACAAUAGUAAAAUAUAAACACUUUCUACCAAUGCAACCCAACUUCCGAUAGCUGGGCAAAUGUAGUGUGGCAACUAGUUACCCUGCAUUGCAAGCUUAUCUCAUGUCAUUGGGUCCAAGGAUACGUUUGUGGUGUUAGGUACUAUUUCUUUGUGGAUAAUAAUAUUAAUCCAUUUUUUUUAAAAUAAUGCAUUUUCCUUACUGCAUAGGAAAGUUGUUCAUAAUAAAAGCUGUUCCUGUCUGCCUUCUCCAGCCAAUAAGGCAUUUGGUAACAGUUACCACUUUGUAUAUGCUUCUCAAACUCUCUUCUGAUAUGUAGAACAGAAUUUUGACUUUGGGGGAUACAUAGAAAUUGUAUGGAAAGUGGGCAAUGCAUAGCAGAAUGUUACUACAAAAGGCACUGUUCAGAGUCCUUGUAAAUAUUAAUCACAGCAAAUAAACAUGCAUAAAUACAUAAUUUAAUUUGCAUGCCACCUUUCCACAGUUUGACCGUACUCAAUGUGGCUUAAAACAUGAAAAAGUACAUAACUCCAAUAUAACAAAGGUAGUCAUAAACAAAUAAAAACAUUUAAAAAUACAAAGCCAAACUAAAGAAUUUCUAUAUAAAUCACAACAAAAUCUAAAACAAAGAUACAAAAAAAACCCAGCAACAACCACCAAAAAAACCCCCAAACAGCAUUCCAGCCCAAGAGUCUGUUCAGCAAUCAGCCUCAGCUUUUGUAGCUUGCAAUCAGUCAGGGCUCCACCCUCCCAGGCCAGGUGGAAAAGGUCUGCAAGCAGGUCUUCCAGGACUCACAGGCAAGAUGGUCCAUAUUUGAGCACCAAAGGUAAUUAACAAAGAAGUACUGGAUGUUGGCAUGGAAUUUUAACCUUACAUGUAAGCUGAGUGAACAAUUAUGUUUAGACCAGAAAAAUAAAUAGGAAUUUGCUGUUGCUGUUUUGAAAUGUGUUGCUGUGAUAAGUUCAGUUAUUACCCUUACUUUCCAAAGGACAAAGAAGUCUAACUAAACAUGUAGGGCAUUUUGAAGCAUUGUAAAACUGCCACAGCCUACCUGUCUUUAAAAGGGAGGAAGUUUAUCUUCUGAGAGCUACUACAGACUGUCUUUCCAUAUCACUUUCCUAACUGCAAAAAGCAACAAAAAAAGGUAAAGUAGAUCUGUUGUACUAGGGAGACAGAAAGUUCUAAUUGUAGAAUCCUAACUUGUGGUAAAGGUAAAGGGGCCCCUGACCAUCAGGUCCAGUCGUGUCCGACUCUGGGGUUGCUCUAUAGGCCGAGGGAGCCGGCGUUUGUCCGCAGACAGCUUCCGGGUCAUGUGGCCAGCAUGACAAAGCUGCUUCUGGCGAACUAGAGCAGCGCACGGAAGCCCUAGACUCUGUGGUUUAACCCACAGUGCCACCUGUGCUUUAAUUUCUCCCAUAAAACAGUGCCAGCCUGCAGGCACCGUGAAUUUAAUGCUUGUAUUUCCUUAAUUUUGGCUAUUGAAACAUAAUUCUAGGUUGUGACAAAGCUGUUCUUUAGGUGUAUACACAUUUACUAACUCUUCCUGUGUAAAACCCAAAACCUUAUAUGUUAUAUCUGGGUAAAUGUUUUCUUCUGUGCUAUUGAUCCAAAGCAUGAUUUUCUGUCCCAAAGUUUGCUGGAGGCCUAAUACAAAAUCCUAUGUUUUGCUGCUGGUGGUAACAGAGUAUGGGCUCAAGCUAAAAUUGGGCUGCAAUUGACUAUUAUUUAUUUCAGAAAAUUUAUAUACCACUUGAUUGUAAACCAUUUUAAGGGUUUAAAAACAACAACAGACUACAGUGGUACCUCGGGUUACAAACGCUUCAGGUUACAAACUCUGCUA